ACCUUGUCGUAUUCAAUUGAAUAUAUUGAAAAGUGUGUCCCAACUUCUUUGGAAUUUGGGUUUGUGGCUCAAUACUGUGUACAAUUAUUGAGGCAAGCAAACUGUCGCAUGACACUCCUUUCUCACCUUUGGGCCACUUUGACACAGAUACACUAAACCAGCUUUAUCCAUCUUUGCCUAAAUGGAUUAUCAGGCUUUUGGCGAAAGCAACACAAGCAAAGAGAUUGAAGCAGGGGCAGCGCAUUGUAUGACUUUGUUACGACCAAGUUACCGCUACUGUGACCUUUUACGGGAUGUCCAUAUUAUAGGACCUGAAGGCUGGCCUGUUAAUUACCCCCUAGUUAGGUGACCAGAACCUUUCUUGAUUUCAUGGAUUCUGAAGACGAAGGCGAGGUCUUUGCAGUGGACCGGACCACUCUGAUUUCAGAGGAGGAAGAUGGAGACGCGGAGGAGGAAAACGAAGAGGAGGAUGCCAAGAUUUUCAACGCCUGGAUGCAGCGCUACAGAGGUGGCGAGCAGCGGAAGACGACGGACGAGGAGCGGCAAGAAGGAAGCUCUGAAAGCACAAUCGGGGCCGAGCCUGCGGCACGUCUUCAAACUGAGCGCCGAUCAUCGCUGCCGUGUCCGGCGACCCUGACGACCAUGCAGCUUGCCCGUCUGCACUCGUGCACCCGGGCUCCUGUGACGGCUAAGACUCUGCUGCGCCGUUCCUCCUCUCGCCGCCUGCUGCCAUCGCAGCAGGAGGGCGCCGCUUGCGCCCCUGCCGCCGAGAGAAGACCGUCUCUCAUCCCCACCAUCCCGGAGGCCAACAUGCCUGAGAGAAAGAGCCAGUUUAGGAGACGCAACGUCAUGUCUUUGAGCGAUGCAGAUAGCAUGUGCCUGAUCUGCCACCACGACCUGAACCGAGCAGCCGGCAGUGUCCGAGAGCUUCAGUGCACACACACCUUCCACAGAGAGUGUAUAGAGGAAUGGUUAUGGAGGAAACAAUCAUGUCCUACCUGUCACGUCCAAGUGUUCACGCCGCAGCAGGCUGCCUACUGGAGCUCCACCAGGGUGAUCGUGCCCUGAGAGACAAAUCCACACCCGCUGGAGCUCCACCAGGAAGGCGUCAAGGCUGCAGCGGCCUUCGAAAUCCCCACACAUCAAGUCACAGUCACAUGCUCAGCGGGGGACUGAAUGAAAACCAUAUACAGGACUUGUGUGGGCACUGGGAGGCUUCCUUGAUAUUGGCAGUUAUUUUAUGGACAUUUAAAGAAUAUCGAUGACCACUUUUAAUCAUGACUGCUUCGAAUAAUAGUUGCGCGCUUCCAUUUAAUUUGUUCUGAUUUGUUGGCUCAUUAUCGCAAAACUGCUGUGAGCACAUUGUGUAAAUAAACAGGGAGCGCCGACUAAUUCCGUAACCGCAUAAACCGCGUGGCAAAAAACUGGCUUCAUGCAGCUUUUCUGUGUUCUGUUUCUGUUUUACAUUUACUUGUACCACUACAUUAUUAAAGUUAAGAUUGCUAACAUUGA